AUGGACGGUAAAAUGCCCGUGACACAUUCAGCAGAGACCACAAGCAGAUCCCCAGAUAUGAACCAUACUCGACCAUGUGCAAAUCUUGAAGAGAAGAUGGGAUGUGAUGUCUGCGACGAACAGUACCCGACGAGGGCAAAACAGGCCGUUGGCGCAGGCCACUACUCUGGGGAACAAAGUAUGGUCGAGGCUGGCGAGGACAUUAAUAGCUUACUGCUAUCCAUUGAGAGGAGUCGAACCACAAUUCAAAGUUUACUGCAGGGAAAUGAGGAUCGCCUGAUGAAAAGAUGGAGAGGAAGAACAGGGAAGAAGCGCCAUGCCUUCAUCACAAAACACUUUCCCCACGCAGGAACAGACGAGCUCUGGAACAAACUGGUUAUUGGUAGGAUACCUCCUCAAUCAGAGCAAUUGCGAGCACUCAAAGAGACAAUCAUGCGACCAAUCUUGACAACAAAUAAGCUUCUGAAAUCUUGGACGGACCUUCUAGCUCUAAUACACAACCGUACCGCAUACGGGCCUCGAGAAUGGCUGCCACUUGACGUUCAGCGUAUUAUGGUGAUUUGGAAUGUCGGAAUCUCCGAGCUGAAAUACGUCGAAGGUUGCGUUGUCAUCAAAGGUCCCGAUUUUGGGCAGAUAAGAGCUUGGGACCAACAUCUUGUUCAUCGAUACGAAGCCUGUGCUCCACAUCUUGCACGGGCUGCUCUGGACAUGUACGAUAAAGUCCUAACAGACAUGGUCAGCGCGGUACAAGAAUUGACAGUAGACACUGAGGGCCCGCAAGCCUAUGCCUCUGAGGAGUGGAACGCACUGGUGGCCAAGGAUUUUAAGGUUGGUGACAACGAUGCCGACAUUGGGACCUUCAGAUUUGGGGAUGGCUUUUCAUCAGCCCCUUGUCCUAACUUGACCAGCGUUCUUGAGCUCAUUCGAACUCAGACUGAUGCGGAAGAAGACGAAUUGUUCGCUUCAGAGACAAAUCUGGCAUACUUUCUACAGCAGGUUCAAUUCAUGAAGGACGGGGCAAACCAGAACGGGCUGCCAGAUGAAUGGUGUUCAGCUGCCUUUGUUAUUGCCGAAACUCUACACAAUGCAUUCCUGUGGAAAAUGUUCUACGAAAUCUUUAUGGAUUUGGAGGUCGCUAACCAAGCACAUCUCAACCAUGCUUCCGUGGAAGCAGAUCUGCCAGAAGCUUACUACGACGCUUGUCGUGCUGCACACUAUGCGACGAAUUUCAUGCAUCUACGUGCUGCCGGUCUUGUUGCUUUCUUUUAUCUUAGAUCUCCAGAAUUCAAGAACAAACCACGGUACACCAGGAGAGACCGACGCAGGAGCUUGUCCCGUGACCCUGUUUUCCAGGUUCUACAUUAUGACACCGAAGCAGAUCUAUACGAUGACGAUCAGCUCACUUGGUGCAUCGAGCAGCUGUCAAAAUACAAGCAUGCCGUGCCACUAUGUCUGCCGCAGGUCCACGAGAUUCUAGUCAAAGACAAGAAAAGAAAGGAUCAACUCAACCCAUUGAUCCCCAUGUUCAUGAAUCAGCUCACUGUGAUAUGGACUGCUCAGAAUUACCUACAUAUGCACUUCCCAUGCGGUGAUUGUUCAAACCUAGAGAACUCCAAAGACCUUGACAACAAGACCAAUAUUCAAGAGAUCCGAGCGGCCAGGAUUGUCUGGCAGAGAGAAUCAUCGCCUAAGCUCAGGAAUGGGUCAUACAUCGACAAGCGAGCCUCCAAUCUCAAGGUUGUCCACCAUACGGGUAGGCAAGAUGCUGCUUGGCUGGCCCGAGCGGACGCUAUGCAGAGGGAGUUUGUCUUGGUGGUGAAAUAUCUCCUUUGGCAGUCAAUGAUGGACAUGGCGCAGGCAGGCUGCCCCCACAGGUGCAUUGAUGUUUUCCCGACUUUCUGGAAGGUUAAAGAAAGCCACUUGCAGCAUCCUAUUUCAACCAAUCUCCGGGCUCGAAUUACUGGAGGUGAAGAGAAGAAAUCCUAUGAAGCAGAGUCUGAGACAUUCGUGGCAUUGCCCAAUGAACCAGAAGAGAAGUUUCAGAAGGAUCAGCAUCAGAAAUCUAAGACUGGGCAGGCCGAGAAGCAGGUUGAGCAGUUACCUAACACGGCAAUACAACUACCACUCACUGCUCCCGAUCAGGACGAGCAAGCAGCAUCUUCUGAAAGAUUGCUUGUCAGUCGAAGAGCCUACCGAAUUGCCGGUCAACUGUUCUCAGAUGAUCCUCCUGAAGACAAGUUGACACUAGAAGACAUCUGUUGUCUCAUGGGCACGCAAGGAGGAGCAGGGUUCAAGGGUACGAGCCUCCAUGGAUCAGGAUACACGUUCAGGCGCAGUGGGGGGCCGGCAGGGCUUGUGAAGGGGGUGUCAAUUCAUGAACCACACGGCAGCACCUAUUGCUUCUCGCGGCUACAGGUCAAACAAAUAGCUACACGGUUUCGGAGAAACUUUGGUUGGACAAUGGAAACGUUUGUGGAGAGGAGUAACGCCGACAAAGUGGCGUCUACUACUUGA